CAGGUGAGUCGAAUGGACUUAUGGGUAAUGUAGUUCAUUUUUUCUUCCAAUAGGAGUUACGAGGCGGCAUCGGAACUCAGAGUCCCAGAAAACCUUGCGGCCUCCAACCCACAAACAGAAGGUGUGUCUUCUAAUUAGAAUUCCUAACCUGUUCACUUUUUCUUUUUUUUAAAAUUUCAAGCCAGCAUGGGAUCCCCAAGAGCGUUUUAGAACACGCUUGUCUCCAAAGCAAUGCCCUUAGGAUAAGCAGCUGCUGCGGAUUUGAAGGGAGAAAGGACCAAAGGUAUGUGGGUUUUGUUUCACCUUAAAGUUUCAAAGUUCAGGUGAGGGAGAGAUGGGCGGAAUGGGGUUGGGGAGACAACAUGGAUAUGGACAGAUUUGCAUGUGGGGUGGAUCCGCUUCCUGAUCGCGCUCUGCGACCAUCUCUUUUCCUUUCUUUUACAAAUCGGCACAACGCCUGUAUAGCCUCAGCAUCCGAGCCGCAUUUUACCUUCAACUAAGAAGGAGCUUUCGCUGCCAUCGCGCCCCUAAGUUUGGGGCAAGUUUAUCCUGCUGUUUCCACGUAGAAAGCACCUGUGGGCAUUGGAGUCGACUCCUAGGUGCCGAGGUCCCUUCGUCCCACCCACCCACUCAUAAAAUAUAUGAGGGGACCGCUCUCCCCAAAGCUGAUGGGCACUGCCAUUCAAAUAGUGUGCAUGCACUACAUCAUGUGAUCGAUUACCCAAUGCUGUGAUCGAUCAUGUGAUCAAUAAUGCGGGGUGGGGAAUACCCCAAUAUUUUAUUCAGGUUGGCUCCCCUGCCUGUGGGCAUCACUCCCCAUUUUAUAAAAUCAUUUCUGAUGUUUGUAUCAAUAGGAGAACUAAUUUUAAAACCCAGAGCAAUUUACAAGGUUUCAUACACUCCCAGGGCACUUUUGCUUUUUAGUCCAUUAGCUUCCUGGCUUGAAUCUUUUCUCGUUACAGGGCUCUUGGCCCAUGUAAGCUGUGGAGUCGUUUCAGAGAUAAAGUAGUCCCUGCUGGCUUCCAGCAUAAGACAUUGGGUGAUAACCUACAAAUGUGGUUAAGAGCCCCCUGGCAUGUUAAACAUCGAUUCUGUGGAAGGGUUAGCUGAUCGAAACAAUGCCCCGAUAACUCCUUUUAUGAGGAGUCAACACUACUCAGUGCUGGGUAAAAUGACAGUUCUGAGGUCUUCUAUUCUUUGCCUCACAUCACAAAAGAAGGAAACAUUCAAUUAUACAUCUUAUUCCUAAUCCUAGCCAUAUUUUUUACAGGAUGUGACUUAAUCCAAAUGGCAUGGUAGUGCAUUAUAUAUGGCCUAUUAUAGCAUAAAGAACAGAAAGUUUGUGUUGCAUUCUUUGCUACAAGGUUUUACUGAUGUAAUGUAAGACUUUUGACUAAUGAGAGAAUUUGAACUGGUUGAUUGAUGGGCCAGAAUCUGAAGUAUGAGGAUACAGUAGGUGUUUGUAGCAGUUGUACUUUUUGGCCCAAAACUUUAAAAUGAUGAAUCACUUGAAACUGGAGAUACAAUUAUUUACAUCCAAUUCAAUGUGAGUUGAGUUCCAUUUGUGGGAUGGUUCUUUCUUUCUUUUGUUUUAGGAACCACCGCUUGUGUCCUGUGAAAACCCACAUUUAUGUGUUGGGAAACCUAUGAGAGCAGUGUGGGGUAUAGAAGGAUGUCACUGGAGGAGGUAGCAGAAACUGAGAGCUUCCCUUUGCUGAUGGCCAUCGAUCAAUGGUAGACUAUCUGCUUUGCAUGCAGAACAUUCAUGGCAUCUGGUAGGGCUGGGAACGUCCCUUGUUUAAAACCCUGGAGAGCUGUUGCCAUCUAGCAUAGUCUGAGCUGGAUGAACCAGUUGGCAUAAGGCAGCCUUUUCUGUUCCCUGCUCAAGCUGAAGUGCCUUCCACUUGUGAUUGGGCCACUUUGGAACCAACCCACUGGAAUAUAAUGGAAUUCAACAUUUUCUGUAUAUAAAGGAUAGCUCGCAACUUGCAAUCCAGACUCUAGCUGGGCAGUCACCAUUGCUUAUGCUGUUUUACUGUUCACUCUGCCAGGGGUGGAGGGCAGUACAUUCAGAGAAUUCUGGGCUGGCUCUGUCCUGCAAACUGCCUUUGGGAGCUUUCUUUGAGUUACCACUGGCUGGGAUCCUGCCAGUGGUAGGAUACGUAUCAUCUUAUGUGUUAUCCAUCACUGCAACUGUUUCAGUCACCGAAAUGUUGGUGGCUUGAGUUGCUGGUGGGUCUGGGCUCCCAGUCUUCUUCAGCAGCUGUCAGAUGCACCAGAUUGGGAUUAUCUAGCUAAAUUUGGAAGCCUCUGGACCAGAUGCAGCAAGUUGGUUACGAUAACUGCACACAGCCUUUCUCACUGUGAUAUACAAACUGCAUUAGAGCUUGUGCACAAAAUUAUGUCGAACCACAGUUUACCCUGAGGCUAAAUGAUGACUGGCCUUGAAGUUUACCUCAUAGCUAUUUAAAAUUGGAUGGACACCGCUGCAUUUGCUAAGCUAACUCGAAAGUAUCCUGUAGCAGUUUGCUCAAAAUACUAAUUAGAAGCUGUGUUAGUCGUCUUAUUGAACAUGGCUUUCUCUUCUUUAUAAUGACGGAGAGGCUAUUAAUUCACUGUAGGAAAAGCUGGUGAGGGAAGAGAUGAGGGGAAAAUACAGUUAAGCUGGCAUAGUUUUUUCUUGACAGGCUUUUGUCUUCCAAAAUAAAUGGCCCUAUCCUCACUUAUAGUUGCAGGUUUUUCUGCUUAGCAAUUUAGAAACCUUACUGCUUUCUACGCUUCCUGUAAUCCCUUUCCUUCUGCCAGUUACUUGUAAAUUAUCUUGUAAUAAAUACUUUAACAGGUCAAAAUGGGAUUAUAUUAUCAAUUUAUAAACCGUAAUAGACGCAAAACUUUCAUAUUUAAAAGCCAUCCCCUCCUUUAAUCGCUUCUCUGCCUGAGCUUUGCACUCAAUAGACACCCUCAUUAAAUUGCCCAUUACGGUGCUUGAGUUUUCAGAGAGGCUUUGGUUAAUUCCCAGCUGUUCAGUGUCUGCCUUGAGUUAUUUCUUCCCUAAGUGCUUUAUUCUGCAUUUUAGUUAUAGCAAUUUUAAUUGGCUUCUGUGUUACAUUUCAGGCUUUUUAGACUUUUCUCAUAAUCCUAUCAAACUUAAUUUAUUAAUGGUGUUUUUUCAGUCUUGGUUUUGACACAUACCUUCUUCGGGUUAAGUCGCACAACCCUCUUGGCACAGUGCUUGCUCCAGAGAAAACUUGAUAAGCAUGUGUGUGUGUGUGUGUGUGUGUGUGGAGCUCUGCAUGGAUAGACUGAUUAUUUCUAGUCUUGGUGUUAUGUUAAAAAAAGGAUAUCUGUUUGGUAAAGUAGAUGUGUGGUUCAUCUCUUUCACAUAGGUAUUUGUAUGGUUUUAACAGAUAUUAUUGUGUGUGUGUGUCUUAAUUCUACCAAUGCUUGAUUGUUUUUUAAUUAUUGUUUCCCCCUAUUUUUCUAGCUGUUCUUAUUUUUAUCUGUAAGCUGCCAUGUGCUCCUGUCAGGAAAAAGGCAGGUUAAAAAGUAAUAAUAAUAAUAAUAAGAAUAAUAAUAAUACAACCCUGGGGUGGAUUAUUUGAAUCUCUGUAGCAGUUCUUCAUAGUUUUGGGAGUUAGUGGGAAGCCUCUUGAUAUUCUAAUUACCUAAUGAAGUUAUUCUUCACUACUGAGAAACUUGUUAAUAGUUUCUCUUCAGUUCCAAGGUCAUGUCAAGCAUGACCUUACCCCUAAGAAAAUAAUUGCCAAUUCAUACCUUGAUUUUUAUGUGAUGAAAUUAAUGCAUGUGAUGAAACUGUAAAUGUUUGUCAUGAAGGUACCCUGUGUGGCAACAAGUGAGAUUUACCAAUAGUAUUUAUUGGUACCUUUUCUUAAGAAAAAUAUUGCCUACUGAAAGGAACCUGGACUAGGUAACUGAGUGGCCUUUCAAAAUAAGAGUGUAUAUUAUCUUUCAUUAAGAGAUUGAGACAGAGAUGGGGAUCCUGUACCUCACCCCCUCAGAUGCCAGACUCCAACUCCCAUCAGCCCCUGCCAUCAUGGCCAAUCAUCAGGGCUGAUGGGAGCUGGAGUUCAACAUUUGGAGAGCCACAAGGUCCCCAUCGCUGCCUUAAGGCAACCCACCCACUGCAUGCAUAUUUCGAAUUGUUUAAUAUGUACAGUCAGGUCUUUCCUCACCUCAGACUUGAGUGGCACUGUCUUAGUUUAGUUACACAACCAUAUUCCUCCAAAUUUCAGCACGGUACAGCAUAUUUAAUGGCAGACUGUGUUUUACUCUUUCUGUAUGACUGAUUGUGCAGGCAUGUACUGAACUUGCACUUAUGAUAUACAUUGCUAUCGGCAAGGAAGCUUGGUUCUCAGCCAGGGAAUGUUUCUCUUAGUUUUCGCCGUUGUGACAAAAUAUGAGCUGGUGUCCUUUUGCUCAAAGUGGAAGGCUUGUUAGGUUCCUGUGAGUUCAGAACACCCAGGGUGACCAACCAGCAUCCUCAGACUUUUUCGAAAGAUUCUAUAUAUUUCUGAAAUAUGAAGCAUUAACGGGAAAUAGACUGUAAAAGCAAAUCCAAAUCACGCUCAACUGUCCAUUGUUAUGUGAAGAUAAAUUUACUCUACAAAAAGCCUUGAUAGAGUGUAGGCGGCUGUGGGAUUGUCAGCGACUGGCUUUAAAGCUACUGAGCUGUAGCACUCCUGUUCAAUUUAUAUUUAAGAGGCAAUGAUUUUCAGUUCUAAUGAAAAGCAAUAAAGGUUUAAAAGCAAUGAAAGAACCGGUGGGUUGUGUUGCCUGAACUUCCUGAAGUGGCUGGGGGAAGAACAGUGAUAUGGGACAGAAUUUUCCACGAAAAUUUUGCCAGUGCUGUAUUUUUCCACGGGUACUUUUUGAUUUCAUAAGUUCGUCAUUAACAACAAAUGGGUGCCGAUUGCAAAUACAAUGUUAGGCAAGCUUGGCAGUUUCAGAGUUUUUAGCUUUGUUCAUUAAAGGCAAGUAAAAUAAGCAUGCUGAGUUAGAUCCCUCCCUAUGGCAUAAAAAAAAUUCCAAUGCAAAUUAGCCCACUUGGCCUAGGAAAUUUUCUAGUCAGAAAAUUUUCAAGAAGAUCCAUGUCAUUGGGGAGGAAGAGAGUCAAGAAGAUGGGUGGAGUGUGGGGCGGGACUAUUCAGUAAGCAGGGUUGCCAUAUAUCUUUUUGUGGUAUGUUUGUUUGUGGCAGGUAAAAUUUAAACAGGUAUAGCUUUUCAUUGUAUCUCCAUCCCAGGAAAGACCAUAAUGUUUGUAUUUUUUAUUGAAAGGAGUCCUGCCAGCUGAUAUAGUUGACAUUCCUAGAAGAUGGUGGAGGAGGAACUCGCCAUAUGCCCCCUCUCUCCAGUCAUCCCCAGUUCCACAAAUGGAACAAAGUGGCCUACAUUUAUGGAUCUGCUUAGGCCAGGGAUGGGGAACCUGUGACCCUCCAGUUGUUGCUGGACUCUCAACUCUGAUUAGCCUUCGCAAGCAUGGCCAACAGUCAGGGAUGAUGGGUGUUGGAGUCCCAGCAACAUCUGUAAGGGCCCAGGGUUCACAUCUCUGACUUGGGGACACAAGAAGGAAGAUGAGGCAAAGAUGAGGAGUAAGGACUAAAUCCUCUUCUUCUCCAGCUCUUACUUCCACACGCCUCCCUUCAUCUGAGCUAUUCUAAACUGUUAACAAAUAGAGAGGAGGGAGGAGGUCAGCUGGCCUCAACACAUGCAGCAGAAUGAGGAAGAAAAAUCCCAAGAUGAUAGAACCGAAGAACUGGAGGUGUGGAAUUGCAUUAUCAGCCUUUCCCAACCUCCAGUCCCCAGAUGUAGUCCAGCAACGUAUGGGGGACCCAAGGAUGGGAAAAGCACAUACAAAGAAAUUCAUGCAAAUCCAGUGCUAGCAUUGUAGAGAGUGCAACUGGAGUAGAACUUUUCUUCAUUUUAUUUUAUUUGCAGUAUUUUAGGGUUUUCACACGGCACACCUCCACCUGCAUGCAACUUCACACCUCAGCAUGCCAUAUGUCUAGACCAGGAGCCUCUUUGGAAGUCAGGGCUGGGUUGUCGCCUUGCUGCAAGGCUCCUAUAUUUUAAGGCUGCAUUUAGUGUGCCAGUUUUGAAUCCGUCAGCGUAAAUGCUAACCUGUCAGUUGUAAAUGCUUACUUAAGCAAUGUCUUUAUUAGGAACAUAUUGGCAGAGACGCAAAAUAAUAUCAUUAGCUACCAAGUGCAACAUUUGCAGUGUUCUACCCAAUCCUGUGCAUUUCUAGUAGAUCUUAUGAUGGGUUUUGAAAUGAUGUUGGCUUCUCUUGCCAUGUCAUCAGGAAUUAUUGGGAUGGAAUUAUUGAGUUUUGUUUCUUGGUAUCCUGUAGUUUUGUGCACUUUGUGGUCAAUACUUGCUUGCUCUUGUCCAAUCAACAUCCAUCCAUUUCUGCUUUGGGCAAAAUCAGAAAUCCUGAUACAGGAACUCGAAGGGAAUUUGCUACCUGGAGAAAUUAGAACAAGCCUAACGGCUAUCUAGGCUCCUAAUUAGAACAGCUAAGAAUGGAAAAGUCAAUCACCAGAUAAAUUUAGUGUUGAAAAACAGAUGCAUGUAUCUGCCUCCCAUGGUCUGGACACCUUAGUCAGAACAAUAUGUAGCAAUACCUCCGGCUGCAUUGUCUUCUGUUGCUGGGGAAAACAAAGAUUAUUUUGUAAUGAACUGGAGGAUUUUGCUGCUGUGGUGGCAAAGUCUGGCUUCACUUGUUAGAGCUGAAAUAUAUUUCACUAAGAGACGUUUUUCUUUCCCUUGUGUUUUUUAGCAGGUUUGUCAGCCCAGUAGUACCCAUCAAAAUGAAAAGUUCAAUGCUUAAAUUCUCUCUUUGGGUAAUGUGUUCCUGAAACUAUUGAUGCCCAUUUCCCCCCUGUCAAUCCCUACAGGAGUUUUGUUUAUUAGGUCAAUAUGUUUAUUGAAUGUCAAGCAGUAUAAUAUUAGAAACAUUUGAGUAAAACAUAAAGGUGAUUCAAAGAUAUAUAUAUAACCCAGGAUACUGAAAUAGAGCAUUUAAAAUUGCUGUGUAUUUUAAAAGUUCACCAAGGAACCAGAAAACAAGCUGAGCAGUGUGCUCAGCUUUCUGAGGUAAACUCUUUAAAUGUCGUGCUAGCUAGUCUCCCAAGAAAUGCCCUAAGGAUGCUCUCAAGUGCUUAAAUAGUGUAAAAAGCUCUCUUUUUUGGGUCUGCCACAAGCAGUUUAAAUUGGCAUUUAUUACUUUUAUAGAGCAUGUAGCUCAGUCUCCUGUAAAGAGACUAGCUAAUAACUGGCUGCUUUCUCACACUAAAAGAAACGAGGAGAAAACAGUUGUGCCACAGAGAAAUAUGGGGGCACCCCCCCUCAAGCUCUUGACUUUAUUUCCCCCUGCCCCCAACACUACUUCCUUCAAAUGCCAUUUUAUAGAAGUAAACAGCUGAGUAGGGAAAACCAAGGCCCAGAAAAAAUUGGGAAAAACCAUGUUGUGUUAUAAGCCAAUUGUGUUUUAAGCCAAUAAUGUGUACAUCGCCUGAGUUGCUGUGAGUUGGGGGUGCUAACUGAGCAGAGCUCUGAUCUGAAGCUCUUUUUCUCCCCUCUCACAUUCAUAAUGACUGCCUGCUUCUUUUUCUAUUUUACAGAAAUUAUGCAGGUUAUUUUUUUAGAGGGCACUUCUAUGACAUAUGCCAUUUUCAUACUAAAGCCAUCACCUACAAAACCACAGGGAAGGAAGCCAAUCCCUUUUAAUUCUCAACCCCGGUCAACUUUAAAAAUGUCUAGCACAAAAAAAUCCCUGCAUCUAUAUACUUCGGAAAUUUUGCAGGUUUCUUACCUAGAAUCAUAGAAUUGUGGAGUUGGAAGGGACCCUGAGGGUAAUCUACCUGUAAUAUAUGAUACCUAGUGGUGUCUCUCUAAUAUAUGCAAUUUUCAUCUAAAUUGCUUCACAAAACAAUAGAGGGGUAUUAAGUGAUUAAAAUAAAAAAAUAAAUCCCAAACUGGCAAAGGCUGUUCUUGCAGAAGAAACUACUGCCAGUGUCCUUCAGAAAUUUGGCUUUGUUCCUUCCCUCAGAGGGGGCUGCUGUUUAUGAAAGUUUUGUCCAAUUCAGCCAAAAAAGAAGAGAGUUAUUGAUUACAGUAUUAUCUAAAAGACAGCAAUUGCAUUUUAAAGGAGCCCAGCAACAACAGCAACAAGCCAUUGCACUGUUCUUCUGGAAUUUCUUAGGUGUUAUGCAAUAUAACAAACAAACAAACAAUUUCAGCCAUUUUCAUCAGAUUCUAUCAAAAAGGGGGGGAAUGUAGCCAUUUUUUAUUUCUCCAUAAUAGUAAAUGGGGAAUCAUAAAUGUCUUGUUCUGCCAAACUGGGUUUCGAACAUGAGCUGAAUCAGGAUCAAAUGGAUCUGAGGUGAACUGAUCUGUUUUCCAAAGCACUAAAUCAAAUCCUGAGGUAAAUAACGUAGUUGGUGCAUACUCCCAUUUCAAAUGGAAGCUGGUGUUUCCAAGUCGUAAGACAAGUUUCAAUAUAUUGGGAUGUUGUAGUUGGCAACGUAUCUAUCCCAGUUACUGUAUACAGGUAGGCAGAGUCCCUUCUCAACUGUAGCAACCCAAAAAGCAUAUUCCUGCUGCCUAUAUUGUUUAAUCUGUAAUACCUUUUUUAAAACGCUCCCUGGCUUUUAAACCACUUUUUACAUAUAUCUAAAAUACUGGUAGUGUUUUUUGGGCACUUUUAGUGCAUUUCUAAUUGUUUUGCUGUGUUUUAUUGUAAACUAUCCUGGUAUACAUAUUAUGCAGGGCAGUUAGUAUAUAUAAAUCCCUGAAAUAAUAAAAACAAAAACAUACGGAAACGCCAGUAUGUGGAACUAGUUUCUGUUUCAUCUAUGAUUGUAUGUUUUAAACACAAACCUAUGAAAGAUCACAUUGUACAGUGUAUGUUGAAAAAACUGUCAGAUAAAACAAAGAGUGCAUUUCUCCCCCUGCUUACUGACCUGCAUUCGGAUUAAACAAAACGCCCUUGUGCCACCCUUCUUGGCUGUGUUAUAAAAUACACACCUUUUCUGGCAUGGAUAUGGAGUUCUGUGUUAAGUUCUAGAGAACUUAAAUGAUAGCCUUAUCUCAGUGUUUUGGAAUCUUUGAGUGCCCCUUUAUAAGAGUAUCGCUCUUAAGAGGCUGGAAUUAUUUGCCAAGUCUAGUGUUUACAUUUCUAGACAAAGAUGUAUUGAAAAAUCAAAAAUCAAUUCUUUUGGGGGAGUAGCAUUCUGUGUUUGCUUCCGUAAAUUUUGCAAACAGGCAGUGUCCGAGAGAAUCAUUAUAACUGGGUUGCCAUUAUACUCUAUCUCAGGGGUCAGCAAACUUUUUCAGCAGGGGGCCAGUCCACUGUCCCUCAGACCUUGGGGGGGGGGGCAGACUUUAUUUUGGAAAAAAACCACAUGAACGAAUUCCUAUGCCCCACAAAUAACCCAGAGAUGCAUUUUAAAUAAAAGCACACAUUCUACUCUCGUAAAAACACCAGGCAGGCCCCACAAACAACCCAGAGAUGCAUUUUAAAUAAAAGCACACAUUCUACUCUUGUAAAAAAACCAGGCAGGCCCCACAAAUAACCCAGAGAUGCAUUUUAAAUAAAAGGACACAUUCUACUCAUGUAAAAACAUGCUGAUUCCCGGACCGCCUGUGGGCCGGAUUUAGAAAGCAGUUGGGCCAGAUCCAGCCCCCAGGCUAUAGUUUGCCUACCCAUGCUCUACAUGCAAUAUUUACUUUGGAUGCUAAAACUGAAUUGGCAAAUCAGGUCCCUUCUUUCUAUGUGGCAACAAGAACACGUACCCAGGGUUGUCUUUACUCGGGAGGGCAAGGGGUGUGGGACACCCGGGCACUGAGUUCGGGGGGGGCACAAGGUGCCCGCUGCUGAAGCCACCUAAGCUCUUAGCUAUCUACCUGUUAUGAAAUAAUAAAUAAUUUUGAUCAAGCUACAAAAACAAAAUACAUAUAUACCUAGGUAUUACCGAAAUGUAUACCUACUGUUUCACUAAAGGACUUUUGACUUUAUGCGCUCAUUUACCAAAGAUGUGCCGCACCAGCAAUGGUACUUGUCAUUCUCAAUGGCGCCGUGCACAUGAAAUAAACUAUAUUUGGGGGCGCUGGGUGGAUCUUUGCACCCUGGUGGUGCAUAUGAUAAAGACGGCCCUGCAGGUACCUAUGGGACUUUAUAAGCACAGACCCUGUGCAGACAUUCAGCAAGUGGGAAAUCUGGCACAGGGAAGGAGAGCAAAAUCUGCUUCUGUUAUUGUAAUUCCUUCCUCUGUGCAUGGAGAAGAAAUUACUUUGAAAGACUGCGCAGGGAUAAACAGCCCGCACAACAUGACUUGCAGUCUUAACCAAUGUCUGCUCAGGUGUAAGUCCUGUUGAAUUCAAUGGGGCUUCCUCCCAGGUAAGUGAGCCUAAACUCAAAUAGGCAACUAUCCAUGCCUCCCUAUUGUGACGUUAAUUUCUUUCUGGACUUUGAUUACAAUUUAUGCCUCGUGGUUCUAAAACAUUUAUUGGUUAGUAAAGCAACUUGUCUUAAAUCUGUUAGGAAGGAAGAUGUCUGCAUCCUGUCAUAUAAAGGACAUUUCAUGGAGUGACAUUUCAUGGAGUAAGUCAGAGGGAUGUCUGGUUGACUUGGAUGACGGCAGCCCUGCAAGAAAUGAUUGGACAGGUAUGUUGCUAGCAUCCUACCUUCUUAAGCAGAGUUCUGAUCGGAAUCUACGUUUGCUUGAUAAAUGCUUGGCUUAUUUUAUUUUAUUUUAUUUAUUGAAGUUAUAUAGUGCCCUAUACUCAGAGGUCUCAGGGUGGUUCAGAGAACAAAAUCAAAAUAUAAAACCACAAAAUAUAUAAUCAAAAUAAAAACAACAUAUUGCAGCUGAAACUUUUAGUUAAUGUAAGGGAAACUGAAGUAUCUUGACAAAUGCAGAAUAUUAGGUAGAAGAUAAUAAAUAUAAAGUCGCCAUACUUAACUUCAUUUUCUUCUUUUUAACAGAUGACAGACAAAAUGAACUGGAGCUGAAGUCCCAUUGGUCUGAAGAAUUUAAGCAACGUGUCCCUGGAGCAUUUAAGACCAAUCCUUUUUGGAAUGUACUGUCAGCAUCCAAUCCGUUUUUAGACGAUGUAGCUCAGUCAAACAACAGAGAAAAAAGUGACAAGCACAUAUCCAUCUUAAAAGAAGACCCCUAUUUAUUUUUUAGAGAUCUAAAUAACAGAGACUCGGCUGCUUCGUCUGGAGACGAAUUGAAUCUUGAUUAUCUUUUUCUUCGCAAAUCUUCCAGGAGAUCGGCAAAAUCUCGGAGUGUUUCAGAUCUUUUGGAUAUUGUAGGGACUAAGACAUUUGAACUCCCUAGCACGGCACCGUCCAACCAUAUCCUGCCUCCAAACAGUGAACCUCUUCAGAAUGACCGUGAAGCCUAUAAGACAGCGUGGUUGAAUCAAAGGCAGCUGGCCCGAUCUUGCCUGGAUUUGAAUGCAAUAAACCAGAGUCCGGGAUGGGCCCAAACCCAGUCUGUAGAAACCCAUAUAGCUUGCAAAGUGAGUCAUGAAGGCGGCUCAGUGCAGCUUCCUGACUCGGAGAUUGCGGUCCAUUUCCCCGAAGGCCACGUAGCCUUUGGAGAAUUCCAAGAGGUUGGCUUACAGGCAAUCCUUGACUCCCCACCAUCGCUCAACCAUGAGUUUUCGACCACUGUGAGCCCUCUGAUUGAACUGACAUUAAGUAACCUCAAUACCACAGAAGCCAUUUUGCUUGAAAUGAAAAUUGCAGCCGAGGUGAAGAAGGACCCUUUCAGUCAGGUUAUGACUGAAAUUGUAUGUCUAUGUGGUUUCACCAAAGAGGGCCCGUUUGAAAGAAUAAACAACUGUUACAUCUAUAAAGAUACUGUCCAAGUCAAGCUGACAGACCUAAGUCACUUGAUGUACAUUGUGGCUGUAGCCCAAACCAAUACAAUUAAUUCACCUGCAAGCACUUGGGAGUAUAUACACAGAAAGCUCUCAGUUGGGAUUUAUGGACCCAAACAUAUCCACCCUUCUUUCACAGUUGUAUUUGCUCUGUUUGGCCACAACUAUGUUCUAGAGAAGCUUACAGUAUGUGACAUUAAAAAGGGUGGAAAGAGCAUGCCCCCGGUUGUUUUCCAGCUCUGGGGAAAGCAUACAUUUGCACUUGAGAAGCCUCAAGAUCUUAACGUUUUUGUGGCCUCUUGUGACCCUGAUUUUGAAGUGAAGGAAGAGGAUCAGAGGAAAGAAAUUAAAGAAGGGAUACUGAAAGGGGGCGGCGAAGUGAUUCACCAGCACUUCCCAUUUUCUAUAAUCAACAGAAGGAAAAUACAUCUAUUUGUCUUCCGCGUCCAGGUGAAAGUCCCAAGCAACAACGUGGUGUGCCAGUUUUACAUCACAACCCCUGAGCCAGCUCCAAAGCCAUUAACUGGGGUGUUCAACAAGCCAAACCGAUUAGAAAGACGCAAGGCGGUCAACUCUGCCCCACUGCUGUCGAUGCCAACAAUUAAAUAUCCAGUUUUUCAGGACAAAGCUUUACACGUUGCCAGCUAUGGUGUAGCUUUGAAGACAGUGUUGCGUCAAAAUAAAAUUGACUAUUUGCUGGAAUAUUUUAAAGGCGACACAAUAGCGCUUCUUGGCGAAGAUAAGGUGAAAGCCAUCGGACAGGCUAAAAUAAAAGAAUGGUACGUGGGCGUUCUUAGAAGAAAAGUUGGCCUUGUACACUGCAAAAAUGUCAAAGUGAUAGCCAAAGACCAAGUUAUGGAUAUUGAUGAUAGCACAAUCACAACCAAAAGCCUUCUUGAGCAAAUUGCUUUACCUUUUAGAAAGCUGACUUAUAUCUACGCAGCAAUCUUAUCCACGGUAUCGGAGAAAAUGAACGACUGGAAAGCUUUAGCUGAUGCCCUUGGAUUUUCGAACAUGUCUUUGGAUGCUUUCAGUGAUGUACAAGCUGACAAAGAAUCAGAAAAAGUAGCCUACGUUGUGAAGAAGCUCAAGGAAGUCUGCCACGAUAACAGAAAUACAAGGCGUUUCCUGUACGAGCUGUCUGUUGUAAGUACUGCUUGUUAGGCCACACCAAACAUUUGACCCCCUAUUCUCACAGAGCUACUGUACAUUUCCCAGAGUUCCCUGGGAGGGAGGAUUGACAGUUAAAUCACUCUGGAAAUUGUAGUUCUGUGAGGAAAAUGGGGGUCUCCUAGCAACUCUCACCACCCUUAACAAAGAUAGUUCCCAGAAUUCUUUGGGGGAAGCCAUGACUCUUUAAAGUGCUUUAAAUGCAUGGUGGGGAUGCGGCCUUUGUUUAUGUGAGGCCCAAAUGAGCAAUAAUUGGCUUAGCUAAUUUGUUGGGAUUAUGGUUAUCCUUCUCCACCUCAAGGCCUGUAGGCAGGUGACAAGACAGUGAUCCAGCAAAGCUAUUUUAGUCAGAAAAAUGGCUUUGUUAGCCGUGUGAGCUGCAGCUGCAAUGGAAAUGUUUAAAGCAGUUCUUGGCUCCGUACGUAGUUCUCUCACAUGCUCCUUUAUAGGCUUGUUGGAUCCUGACCAAGAUGUCUGAAAAAAGCUGGUUGUGAAAAUGUUCACUUAAUGUUGAAAUUAUGUAGAAGCUGUGGGGCAAAAACACACUGUUGAUCACUGGGCUCUCUAGUUUUUUAUCAACUUAUAAGUGCCUGCCUAGUUCCUUAUGAAAACCUGGAAGUGUGGGAGCCAACAGAGUGUACAUCAGUUGUUGUUAGACUGUAACUCCCAUCAUCCCUGACCAUUGCCCAUGUUGUCUGGCUGGGGCUGAUGAGAGUUUGAGUCCAGUACACUGGGGAACCCAGCGUUGUGUAGAAGUUAGGGCAGGCAUAGGCAAAUGCGGCCCUUCAGAUGUUUUGAGACUACAGUUCCCAUCAUCCCUGACCACUGGUCCUGUUAGCUAGGGAGGAUGGGAGUUGUAGUCCCAAAACAACUGGAGGGCCGAGUUUGCCUAUGCCUGAGUUAGGGUGUUGGAAUAGGAUCUAGGAAACAGGGGUUCAAAUCUCCACUCAGCCAUUAAGCUCACUGGGUGACCUUGGGCCAAUCACCAACUUUCAGCCUCUCUCACAAGGUUGUUGUGAGAAUAACAUGGAGCCAUAUAUGCUACCUUGAACUCCUUGAUAUAAAUGCAAUAAUGGAAAACAUGAUGUUGGCUACCUCUGGUGCAGUCCACUUCCCAUCUCGGGAAAACAUAAAUGCCAGACAACUCUUCCUUUAUCCCUAUGGUAGAAUUCCUGCCAUAACUCUUCAGAAUCCUAGGUGGAAUUAUUUGGGGACCUUAAAGAUAGCUGUGCGACCUGAUGAUCAGCUGAUGGGUGAGACACCUUGCCCCUUUGUAAUGAGCCAGAGCCCUUCAUCCUGCGAUCUCACCUCUCAGCAGCACUGGCAUUGCGAAUGCUUUCUAGCUGGAGCUGAAGUUCUUCCUGCAUCUCAGCACUUUGCUCAAUGUAGAGCAGCAUUUCCCAACCCGGUGCUCGCCGGACAUUGUUGGGUUCAAGCUCCUCUUCACCCCAACCAGCAUAGCCGGUAGUCCAGCGGCACCAGGAAGCCUGUUCACAGAGUGCUGUUCCCCCUGAAACUUGUUUUGAGGGUGUCUCCCCUUACAGCGGUACCUCGGGUUACAGACGCUUCAGGUUAAAUACGCUUCAGGUUACAGACUCCGCUAACCCAGAAAUAGUACCUCAGGUUAAGAACUUUGCUUCAGGAUGAGAACAGAAAUCAUGCGGCAGUGGCAUGGCGGCAGCAUGAGGCCCCAUUACCUAAAGUGGUGUCUCGGGUUAAGAACAGUUUCAGGUUAAGAACGGACCUCUGGAACAAAUUAAGUACUUAACCCGAGGUACCACUGUAUCUGGGUUUCCCCUGACUUUUCUCAUUGCGCAAUUGUCGCUGCAAGCAAUCUUCCUCCAUAAUGAAGAUUUCUCCUUAAAUUUUCAGUAUCAGCCUGAUAAUUGCAUUCAGUUAAUGUAUUUAUUGGUAGAGAAACAAGAAUCGUUACUGUAGCAGUUUGGUUUGCAAGGAAGUGUACUUAAAAGGUUUGCCUGGCAGCGUUGCAAUGGCUUUAUGGUACUUUCUUAUACUUGAAAAGUGUAAUAGCUAGAGGACUACUCUUUCUCUGUUGACUAAGGGAGCAAUCCUAUUUUGUUUAUUUGUUUGCUUAUUAAAUUUGUGUACAUAAUAUGCAAGAAGCUGGCAUAAAGCAAGCCAGAUUGUAAACUCUGUUCAAGAGCAGGGGUACUGCUGGCUGAGCCUGACAGAGGGAAAGGAAGCCUUUAGAAAAGGAUUUGAGUUAUCCUAUCCUUUUUGCUGGCUUAAGGGUAAAGGUAAAGGACCCCUGGAUGGUUAAGUCCAGUCAAAGGCGACUAUGGGAUUGUAGCGCUCAUCUCGCUUUCAGGCCGAGGGAGCCAGUGUUUGUCCACAGACAGCUUUCUGGUUCAUGUGGCCAGCAUGACUAAACCACUUCUGGCGCAAUGGAACACCGUGACAGAAACCAGAGCACACGGAAACACUGUUUACCUUCCCACUGCUGCAGUACCUAUUUAUCUACUUGCACUGGUGUGAUUUCGAAUUGCUACGUUGGCAGGAGCUGGGACAGAGCAACGGGAGCUCACUCCGUUGCAGGGAUUCGAACCGCGACCUUCCGAUUGGCAAGCCCAAGAGGCUCAGUGGUUUGGACCACAGCACAACCUACACUGGGUUACCACGUCAUGUGACCAAGCGAAUAGGCUUAGGAUCCAGCUCUGGUCCCGCCCCCAGAACGCCCCUUCCUUAGGCCCUAGGCUGGCUAUGUUGGGCUGGGCCUCAGCAGAGACAGGAUGAGUGAGACAUGCCCUCAUUUAAAUUUACGCUCUCCCCAGCUUGAGCUUCACACACUAAGGUCCUUUCACGGUGGCUUGCUAUCAAAGUCAUAACAAAACACAACACUGUCAACACACACCCUUCAAAAAAAGCUUGAAAACAAAAACCACAGCAAGUCAGACAGAAACACUCUGACACAUAGGUCUGCAGUCUUCACACCCGACUAAAAUUCAACAAAUAGGGAUCCAAACCUAACUUUAGCAGGAGGGAGUUCCACAGAUGAGGUUCCACAACUGAGAAGGCCCUUUCCUUGGAUCACUGCAAUAUAUCCUGUAGUGGGAUCCCAAGGAGGGCCUUCCCGGUAGAUCUUAAAGUACAGGCUGGUGGAUAAUGGGACAGGUGCCCCUACAGGGACCCAAGUCAUUCAGGGCACUGUAAGUUAUCAACAUGACCUUGAAUGGGGCCCAGUACAGUGGUACCUCGGGUUAAGUACUUAAUUCAUUCUGGAGGUCCGUUCUUAACCUGAAACUGUUUUUAACCUGAAGCACCACUUUAGAUAAUGGGGCCUCCUGCCGCCGCCAUGCUGCCGGAGCACAAUUUCUGUUCUCAUCCUGAAGCAAAGUUCUUAACCCGAGGUACUAUUUCUGGGUUAGCGGAGUCUGUAACCUGAAGCGUAUGUAAUCCGAGGUACCACUGUACGGUACUGUCAGUCAGUGCUGAACCAUUGUUACAUGGUUCAGAAAAGAAGCAUAGCUCCAGCAUGGUCAAUGGUUACAGUAUUUCAUUAUUGUGUGUCCUAUCCCCUUGUUUUUAGCUGUUCUUAUUUUACCUGUAAGCCACCUAGAGUCCCUGUCAAGGAAAAAGGAGAUGUAAUUAUAAGAAUAAGAAUAAGAAUACUAGACAUUGUGGUCCAAAGCAUCUAGAAGGCACCAGGUUGGGAAAUGCUGGUUUUGGACAUAAGCCUUUCAAAUCUUAGUCUAUUUCUGUGAUGACAUGUUGCUCAUUAGCAAGUUGCCCAAAAUAACAGAAGCCCUUUAGCUUAAAAAUAGCAAGCACUGGAAGUCAUGGGUUUCGUCAUUGUCAAGAUAUAUAUACUACCGCUUAAGGACUUCUCACUAGUUCUCUGUAGCUGCAAUUUUAAACAUGGACUUGCAGGUAAAAGUUUUGUCUCUUGCUUCCAGCUUCUUCCCUGAGGCUAUAUUUUCAGGCUCAUUAUACAAGUGUAGUUCUCGGUAAAACUUAAGUACCUUUUUGGUUUUUUUUACAAUGGCAGCUUUCUGCUAAAGAGCUGCAACAUCUUAAAGGCCUGAGAAUAUAAUUGAUGCAUAUGAUUGUACAGUGGUACCUCGGGUUACAUACACUUCAGGUUACAUACGCUUCAGGUUACAGACUCCGCUAACCCAGAAAUAGUACCUCAGGUUAAGAACUUUGCUUCAGGAUGAGAACAGAAAUCGUGCUCUGGCGGCACGGCGGCAGCAGGAGGCCCCAUUAGCUAAAGUGGUGCUUCAGGUUAAGAACAGUUUCAGGUUAAGAACGGACCUCCGGAAUGAAUUAAGUACUUAACCCGAGGUACCACUGUACAUAGGAUGGAGAUGGUGUGGAGAUGCUGUGUAGGAUCAGGCCAGCAUAUGAUCUGUUAUGGUCGGUCUGUGCAGUGCCCACAUUCAACCUAUGCAGAAACACUUUUUGCGUGGCCUCCUUGUGAGGAAAGCAAUGUUAAAAUGGAGCAGCCUCUAUUUCUUCCAAAGAUUUUCUAUGAAUCCAGUGUUUCUGUGUUUCUUCCUGAAAUAACCACAUUAGAGGAUCAAGUUUUCAUCUUGGUGUGGGAUAUGCAGCUGUCCCAUUCUGGGAUCGAACCGUCAACCUUGGUGUUAUCAGCACCCCGCUCUUACCAACUGAGGAAAUGGGAGUUUCAACAACCUCUGGAGAGCCAGAGAUUCCUACUUAAACCUUGCAUAAUUGGUUAGUUGUAAGCUGCUGUGAUUUUUUUUUUUUAAUGGUAGUACAGUCAUACCUUGGUUUUUGAACAACUUAGUUCUCGAAUAUUUUGGCUCCCGAACACCACAAACCUGGAAGUGGGUGUCCCGGUUUGCGAACUAUUUUUGGAAGCCGAAUGUCCGAUGGGUCUUUCGAUUGGCUGUAUGAACUUCCUGCAGCCAAUCAGAAGCCGCGCUUUGGUUUUCGAACAUUUUGGAAGUCAAACAGACUUCCGGAACGGAUUCCAUUUGACUUCCAAGGUACAACUGUAUAUAAAUAUUGUAAAUAAAACAACAUUUUAAGGGCAAAACGGAAGAGGUAUUUUCUUGUCUCAGGUGGAAUGCCAUUUGUUUUGUUCAGUUUUGGGCCAGCAGAGCAAAGCGAUUGCAUUUACAUAAACCUGAGCAUUUUAAAAGGACGCUCAAGUAAAAAGAGCUGAGAGCGAGAAGUCAUCAGUUACUGGCUUUUCUUCUGUGAAAAAUGAUUAUACAAAUGGGCCACAAUACCCAUAUACAUUUCUUUUCCUAAGCAGAUUUUAUCCUGCUGCAGCCUAGUUCUAAAGUAAUUGCUCAGGAUAGAACUUUCAGUAAUUUCAGCCAGUCUUUUCCUUGGCUAAUGACUAUAUGCAGGACUGUCCUAAAUAUCUGUAAUCAGGAAUAAUGAGUAAACUCUAUUAUUGAUUAUGUGGUCCUAAGACUGACAUUUAUAUAAAACCAUACUCUUCUUUCUGGGAACAGUAUGCCAUUUUUGGCAGUAUAGUGAUAAAUCUGCAAAAACUACCGUAAUUAGUUCAGAUUUCAUUUUAAAUCUGGCUCCUAGGCUAAUUGUUCUAGGAAAAGAGAAUUGAUACAGAUUCACCAGCGGUUAGUAAAAUUGGUAACAAUUAUUCCGGUGUAUCUAUUGUUUUGCUGCCAGACGCAUGAUUCAGAAAGCCCUACUCAACUUGGAGCCAAAAGUACCUUGAAGACCACCAGAUACCUUAUACUCUGCUUUGAUCACUGAAGCCUUCAGAUGGGGCACAUUUUGUGCCCCCGCCCCUUAGAUUUAACAGCCCUUUAUCAGGGACAAAGACUUCUGCAGACCCUGCUCUGUGGAACUCCUUGCCCCAUGAUCUUUGUUUGACAGGAGUCAGCCCUGCUUUCUUUCAAACGUCUUUUAAAAACUGUUCAGUCAGGUCUUCAGAAUCUUUUUUUUUUUUAAAUCAACUAAUUUUUAAUAAUAUGUUCUUUUCGCUUUGGCUAUUUUGGUGUAUUGUGUUUUUAAUCUUACACUUUGCCUUGUUAUAAUUUCUACAGGAGUGUGGCUUAUAAAUAUUUAAAUAACUAUAUGUAUGUGACUAAGUAAAACAUACUGUAAAGGAGGACCCAUUGAAAUCAAUGGACUUAAGCCUGCAUUCAAAUAGCAUUUCAUUCAGUUUUCAUGAUGAUUCCUUACCUAAUCAUUUCCACAUUUUAUGUGAUCUUUCUCCACAUGUAAAAAAGCCACUUCUGGAACACUAGUGGAAUAUUUAGCAUAAGUUUAAGUGCUCGUUUCCGUAUUGCUUCAAAUAGUUGCACAAGCUGGCUAUAAUUAAUUGUUAUUCAUGGUUGCUUGAGAACAUAAUCAUCAAACUUGUGGUUUCAGGCCCUGCUGAAGCUGGAUUGCCAAGGAUUACUUGCACGCAUCACGCAAGACACAGUCAUUUUUACGUCUGCUGUGAAGCUUGGGAAAGGCUGGAGAGAGCUGGCAGAAAAAUUAGCACGACUCACAAAGCAACAAAUCGAAGCUUAUGAAACUCCCCACCGGGGCACAAAUGGAGAUGUCCCUCCAGAGGUGAAACUUCUCUCACUUUCUUUCACUGUGCUAUUUUGCCACCAGAGCUUUUUAGACUGAAUACAGACCAUUGUUUUUAUAACUGACAUAAAAUGGCAUUGCUUGCCAUGGGAUGUAUGUGUACACAUUCCUUUUGCCCCACCAUUGCUUCUAGUCAAACAGGUUGCAUAGGUUUUCUGAGCACAAUUCAAAGUGUUGGUGCUGACCUUUAAAGCCCUAAAUGGCUUCGGCCCAGUAUAAUCGAAGGAGCGUCUCCACCCCCAUCGUUCAGCUCGGAUACUGAGGUCCAGCUCCGAGGGCCUUCUAGUGGUUCCCUCACUGCGAGAAGUGAAGUUACAGGGAACCAGGCAGAAGGCCUUCUUGGUAGUGGCGCCCGCCCUGUGGAACGCCCUCCCAUCAGAUGUCAAGGAGAUAAGUAACCUUACAACAUUUAGAAGACAUCUAAAGGCAGCCCUGCUCAGGGAAGUUUCUAAUGUUUGAUGUUUUAUCGUGUUUUUAAUAUUAAUAUUACAAUAUUUUAUUAUAAUAUUAUAAUAUUAUGUUGGGGAAACCCAUCUGGAUGGGCAGGGUAUAAAUAAUAAAUUAUUAUUACUAUUAUUAUUUCUUAAAUGAUAUAAUACUCAUAAAACAUGGUGAAAACAGAAUUGGUCUCUCUUCAGUCCUAAACAUCAUUCCCUCUCUCUCUCUCUCGGUCUUACUGUUAUGUGUCCAAACUUUCAACUCUAAUAAUUCUUGUCUGUGUUAUACAGUGGUGCCCCGCAAGACGAAUGCCUCGCAAGACGGAAAAACCGCUAGACGAAAGGGUUUUCCGUUUUGAAGUUGCUUCGCAGGACGAAUUCCCCUAUGGGCUUGCUUCGCAAGACGAAAAUAUCUUGCGAGUCUUGAGAUUUUUUUUCGCUUCCCCCCCCCUUUAUCUAAUCUGCUAAGCCUUUAAUAGCCUUUAAUAGCCUUUUAGCAGCUAAUCCCCUAAGCCUUUAAGCCUUUAAUAGCCGCUAAACCGCUAAUAGCGCUAAUAGCGCUAAUCCGUCAAUGGGCUUGCUUCGCAAGACAAAAAAACCGCUAGACGAAGACUCUCGUGGAACGGAUUAAUUUCGUCUUGCGAGGCACCACUGUAAUAGCAUGACACAAAAUUGCUCAAAGCCAUUUCUCAAAGCCCACCCAAAGAGACGAGGCUCAUCAAGUUGAUGGAGACAAAAUAUUGAAUUAAACAUUUAAAUGGCUUCUCUAGAGAAUUUAAAUGGAGACAUCCUGAGGGUGUAAGUCUAUAAAGAUUCAUUCUGCAGUCCUGUGCAUAUUUUAUUUAGGAUAAGGUACACUGAUCUCUGCUGAGUUCUGAGUAAACGUGUUUUGGAUUGUUCCGCAUCUGUCAAUGAAGCUAUAUAAAAAUUUCCAUUAACAUCGGCCUUUAUUGGCAGAUGAUUUUAGCUUGGUAUCCCAACCAAAUAUGAAAAUGUGUAGCUACAGUGGUGCCUCGCAAGACGAAAAGAAUCCGUUCUGUGAGUCUCUUCGUCUAGCGGUUUUUUCGUCUUGCGAAGCAAGCCCAUUGACGGAUUAGCGGAUUAGCGCUAUUAGCGGCUUUGAGAGGCUUAUCAGCUUAUCGGAUAAGCAGAUAAGCGGCUUAGCAGCUUAGAAAAAGCGGGGGGAAAGGAAAAAAAAACCACAGGAACUCGCAAGACAUUUUCGUCUUGCGAAGCAAGCCCAUAGGAGCUUCGUUUUGCGAAGCACCUCCAAAACGGAAAACUCUUUCGUCUAGCGAGUUUUCCGUCUUGCGAGGCAUUCGUCUUGCGGGGCACCACUGUAUUGUUGGAGGACAAUGACAGCUUAACUAGCAAGGCACAUGACCGUAUAGUGGUACCUCGGGUUACAGGUGCUUCAGGUUACAGGUGCUUCAGUUUACAGACUCCACUAACCCAGAAAUAGUACCUCGGGUUAAGAACUUUGCUUCAGGAUGAGAACAGAAAUUGUGUGGCGGUGGCGUGGCAGCAGCGGGAGGCUCCAUUAGCUAAAGUGGUACCUCAGGUUAAGAAUGGUUUCAGGUUAAGAAUGAACCUCCAGAACGAAUUAAGUUCUCAACCCAAAGCACCACUGUAUAAUGCAGUGAAUAAUACAAACAGGAAGCAAUGCAAAACUUUGAGCAUUUCAGUAUACUUUGGCUUUCAAAUUUUUGUCUGUAUGUUGCUCAGCAUACCCACUACAACCCACUAGUUCCCAUAAUAGAAAAGAGGUCAGAAUAUUAUUCACCUCAUUUUUUGAAUCUAUUUCUUUUGGCUUGUAUUUAAUUUUGAUUGUGGGCCACCUUGGCUUGUUCUUUGAGUUACCAGAUUUUUCCUGUAGUUCUCUGAUAUGUGACUUGCACUUGCACUUAAAUAAGACAAAAUAAUAAAUCCUAUAGGCAAAGAUAAUCUUGGUGAAAUCUUGCAUAAAGUACUGUUUGUCAAAAAGGGGGGGGGAGUACUUGAUUUUGCAGUGCUCCUAUCCUCCUCUCUCUUUUUCUUAUGGUUAUGUUUUUAUUUGGAAUCAUUCAUCACGAGCAGCCUUAGAAAUCUCAUAUCAGCUGCCACAGUGAUAUUAAGCUGUCAAGUUAGAAGUUAAAUGAAAUAUUCACAACAACCAAAUAGCUGCCUCUUUGUCUGUCAGCAUGCAGCGUGCAGGAAUUUGAUAACUCUGUGCGCAGUGUUUUCAUUUUUCCUGUGUUUAUUUAUAGCUUGGUCUUUCCCAAAGGAGGGUCAGGUUCUGUAAUAGCACUUCUUUCCUUACUCAAUUCUUACAGCAGCCUUGUGUGGCAGAUCCCACUUUGCAGAUGAGAUACUCACUCUGACGUUUUUUAAUUUUUGUAUUAGUUUCACCUGUAGGCUGCUUUCCCACAUAAAUGUGGCCAAAGCGGCUCGCAGUGCUGUAAAAAAAUAAAAUAAAAUGCAUAUUAUUGCAAUAAUAGUUUAAUGUGCAUUGAUUUCAAAACAUACAUAGUAUGAUAAUCCAGCACACAGUGCUUUAAAAGAGUCUCAUCCUCCAUGAAUACUAUCUUCUAGCUCCACUGAUGGAGUCCGUAUAGCCCUGGAUACCAGUUGCAGGGAAUCACAAGUGAACAGAGUGCUGUUUCUCUUGGGUCCUCCUUGAAGGCUUCCCAGAGGCAUAGCCACUGUGAGAAUGAGAUGCUGGACUAGAUAGAAUGUUGGCCUGAUCUAGCAACACUAUUCAUUUGUUCCUAGAUAAUUCAUUUUCAUAUUGCUAUUAAUGAAUGAAUUAAAUUUGUAUACUCACCUCCCCUUCAUCUGUAGAUCUCAGGGCAGUUCACAACAUAAAUCUGCUUCACAGCAGAUGAUGAUUCCACCCAGCUGGGGCUUGUUCUGCAGCCAAUCAGGGCUGGGUGGAGUGUCCACCAAUCAGGAGGGUGUGGACAGUUAAAUGGUCCAGUUGAGCUUAGCUUGGUCGUGGCUAGAGAUUAGCUGGGCAUUGGAGCAGUUUGCUAGGCACGGCAGCCCCAAUUAUUUCCCUGAGGGGAAGGAUAAAAUUCUAAAAUGGGCCUGAAAGUGUUUUCUUGGUUUAGGUAGGAGAACAAAAAGCCAUUCUGGGAGGAAUCAGCUUAAUUAGAAACCGGUUUAAAGUCCAAUUUUAAAUAAAGUUCUUAAUUACUUCUGUAAAAGGUUUUUGGCUUAUCAGCUUAACCAUCAAGCUUAAACCCUCAUCAUGUGUGUUUAAAUUAAAUUCCAGUUUUGUUUCCAACAUGGCUCAUCCUUCCUUUGAUCCUCUGGGUGAGGGAGAAGUGGUCACAGGCUUUCCUUUCACAUUAUUAGUAGUCCUUGCUCCUGGAUAUUAGCAGUUGCUACCACAUACAGAGAAUCUCAGACCUCAACAGGUUGUUUUAAAGCACCCCAAACUCUGUCACGUUCUGUAUCUUUAUUGAGGAAGUUUACCACAACCAUGUCUUCCAACACACCAAUGUCUUUACGGUUCACGCUUGCCGGUUACACCUGGAGCAGCCAAACUGGUUCUCUCCUGUUGCUGUUGGACUCCAUCUCCCAUCAUCCCCAGCUAGCAGGUAUCAUGGUUAGUGCUGAUGGGACCUGUAGUCCACCUGAGGGCACAGUGCUGGCUACUACUGUGCUGCCCAGCAGUACAUAACACUGGCCAGGUCUGAGGCAUAGCUGGGCAAAUUGCCCCCCUGCCCCGGUAAGCCCCAUAAGCUUAGCAGGCAGCACUGGGACAGCAGGAGUUUCUUUUGGACAGGUCUCUCCUGUAAGCAAAUCUGGUCUUGAGCAUCGUUCAUGUAGAAAAUACAAAUUCAGGUUCUUCAUUCAGCAGAAAAUACAAAUUCAGGUUCUUCAUUCAGGUUUUCCAAACAUCGCUAGCUGUGAUCACUGGCUCACAAGCAUUCUGAGACUUUAAAAACAGCACUUGCUUAUUCAGUCAAUCUAUAUGAGCGGACACUCCUAUUACACGACUUCUUGCCAUUCUGCAUCUCCUAAUUGCUGUUAAGUAAAUCAGUGGUAAGAAUGAAUUGCACUCCACCCUGUCUCAGAUUCUUGACUUUCACGGGCCAGGCUGAGUUUGCAGAACUGACAUCUAGGAAGCCCCCUUUGUCUCUCUCUAAUUUGCAAAUCGAGCUUAGUUGAGAACAUUUGAUCCAAAAGCUGCAGGUUCAAGGUUAUUUUUACAGUAUGUCUGCAUUUUCAGAGCUUGACAGCGAGACCGGCGUUCUGGCUUCUGUCAGUGCUAAACUUGCUCUCCAUCUGUGGUUUUCAGAUUUACUUUAAAGGUGGUAUGUUUUUAAAAUAGAAAUUUCUGAUGGAGCAUCAUUUAAAAAAAUGACUUCCAUGAUUAUCCAUUAUUUUCUGCUGUUCUGAUUUGCCAGUGUUUAUGUUUGAAAUUUUUAAACAUAAAUGACCCCCUCCAGGAAUAAUACAGCUUUCUGUUUGCCUUUUUGUUAUCUUCUGUGCUUUUUUAAAAAAAACUUUGCUGUUGCACCUUCCAGUAGACAUCUACAAAAUGAGAAUAAAAUUAAUUUCCAGUAGGAAUUCCUAAAGUUUUGUCUGUGCAAGGCUGCAGUGACCCAGUGCUCAUUAUGCAUAACUUCUAAUUCCUAAAAUUGUUAUUCCCUAUUAUCAAAGAUAAUUUCUGGGUUGCCAGAGCUUGUGAUGUCCUAUGUUUUUAGUGUUGCUAAAAAGUAGUUGCAGGCCCCCUCAACUGGUUCCUGUACUUUACGUGAGAUACAUGUUGAGAAGUUUAAAGUACUCCUUUGCAUGAGUCAGUAUGUUGAUCUUUUUAGCCCAGUAAUGUCACUGCCUCCCAAGUUCUUCCUUGAUGAGAUCUUAUCUAGAGAUACUUGUGGGUGAACUUGGGACCUUAUUAUCGCUCUCCUUUCCAGUUCAGCUUCUUUUAAAUUUUCCACAAGGAGUGAUGACCUACUUUGGGAAACGGCACUAGAAUUUGAGCUGCUCGAGUAAAAUGUUAACGUUCAUUGAUCAAUGACCAUAUUUGGAGUUUAGAAAAUUAGCUGCUCAGCGAUCCAGGUCCAACUCAGGGGGAUUUCAUGAUCGAUUCCAUUUCAUUAAUUUCAUUAUUGAGUACAAUUUAAUUUAAAGCAUUUUUAUCCCUAUUUUUCCAUUAAAAUGUUCAAGACAGCUUACAAAAGUUAAAAAAAUAGCAGAACAGUUAACGAGACCCACAAAAAAACAACACACCAGAUCAAAUAUAAGCACUUUACACAGCAUUCAAAAUUUGUCUGGUGCCAGACGUAUUCUGCACCAGGCUAUCAGCAACUUGUGACCAAGUGAAGAUGCCUGGGCGCCUGCUUUCUCCACCCCCUGGAGGUGCAUGCCUGGGGAUCCUUGGAUCUUGACUGUUUUCACACACUAACAGCAAAGCCUGUAGAAUUCCAUCCAUGAUAUUCAUCUGCAUGAUCUGAACAAAUUUCAGGAACCAGAAAGUUGUAUUCCAAAAUACAACUUUGGAACUGUCUAGCCUCCAAAUGGCAACUAGGAAUUUUGUUUUGUUGAUUCUAACCUUGGUUUAAGGAGCCGUUUGGUGCCUAGCUUAUAUAUCUGAAUUUAUAACACUGCCUUUACAUUAAUUGACUUAAAAUACAAUGGCAAGCAGCCUAAACUGUAAAAGAGGAGCCUAAAAAACAAACAAGCAGACCACAAAUUUAAUAACUUCAUAAUAUAUGAAGUUCACACAAAAAGUUUUUCAAGACAGAAGCAAGGAUAAAAUAGCCUCCUAACCAAAAGGCUACCAGAGAGAAGAAGAAACUAAUUUUGUGAUGUGUAAAUGCAAAAUGAUAAUGAGAGAGUGGAGAAUGGGGACUAGGUUCAUCAGCAGAAUCUUUUGGAGGGGAUCUCAACUUAGAACAGAAAUCCAACCAACCAUAAAUGUUAUCUCCAGAUAUUCAGCUGUUUUCUGAAUGCCCCUCAGACCCAAAUGGUCCUUAUAAAAAGAGGAAGAAAAAAAUUGUCUUGGGGCUGACGAUUUCAUCAGGGAUUUAAAGACUGGUAAAAAUGAAUCCAUUAACUCCUUUCAACAUGCUAGGGGGGUGGAGAUACUUUUUUUUUUUUUUAAAGUUACCUACUUAAUGAUAUGAGGACAUGUUUGUUUAGAGUUGACUGUAUGUUUAGAGUUGUAGUAAUAUGAUCAUAAGUAUGGGUAUGAAUGAGAAUAGUUAACUGAGGUACAGCUAAGUUAUUACUGUUUUAAGCUGGUGACUUUAAUGUUAUUGUUCCUGCCUAUGGAUUUUAAAGGGUUAUGUAUUUUACCAUGAAUCUGUAUUUAAAAAUAUAGUAAGCCACUUUGCUUUUUGUGGAAUGCCCUCCCCAGGGAGGUUUGUUGGGCGCCUCCAUGAUAUAUUUUUAAGUGCCAGGCAACAAGAUGUAAAUGUUAAUAAUUGAUCCCCAGUAUGUUUUCAACUGCAGAUGAUGUGGAAACCGGCGUAUGAUUUCCUGUACACCUGGGGAGCUCACUAUGGAGACAGUUACAGAGAUAUGUUGCAAGACCUGCAGUCUGCACUGGACAAAAUGAAGAAUCCUGUGACCAAACAGUGGCGAGAAUUAACUGGAGCUCUGAUUCUAGUCAACUGCAUGGAGGUUCUCCAGGCAAGUGCUUUCUCUAAGAUGGAUGAAGACUAGAAGUCAUCUAAUUUAGAAAGGCGCCGUGGAAAUUAUCUUCCUGAAACACAAAGCAGUUAAAUGAGAGCAUUUGCAUCAAGAACCGUUUAGCUCCUCUGCCUGUGAAAAUUAUGCCUAUUGCUUCUGGCUUUUAUGGGCUUAAGCUUUUUUAAAUGAAAAGAUCAAGUCAUUUAUUUUUCAAGCAGGACCAGUUUUCCCUUGCUUUUCCUCAUACCCAUGUCCCUACAACAACAUGUCUUGAAAGGUGUUCGUGUACAGCAGUCGGAAUCUGACCAGCCUUGCAGUGGGCUGCACAUUUUGGGGGGUAGUUUAGUACGGGAGGAAUUUAAGCUGGGCAGCAUAGUUACAUUACUUAUUCAGAGCGUUUUACCUAGAAAUUAUUCCAUAUGCCUGCUAUUAUCAUUCCUGAGUGAACCAGUGAGGGAAACUGCACACUCCUGUGACUACAUGGUUGCUCUGAGGUAAUUGGGAAAGCUGUAAAUAUAUCCUCAAUUACUUUACUACAGUAGCAUCUUGGCUUACGGUACCCUUGCGUAACGCAAACUUCAGGUUGCAAAAGUGGGAAACCCAGAAGUGUUUCGCCACACGUGCAUGUGCAGAAGCGCUCUACCGUGCCGCGUGCAUGCGCAGAAACGGUCUGCUGCCACUCACGCACAUGCGCAGAAGCAGUCCCUCCGGUUACGGAAACCUUGGGAUCUGACCAGAACUUUGGAACGGAUCUCAUCUGCAACCAGAGGUACGUUUGGAUUCCAGUGGAAAUGGACUGUCUGAAGGCCUGUCUGCCAGGUAUCUGUAUUAUUGACCCAUGUUUCUUCAUGAAAAAGUGGUCUGUCCCCUUUGUGGAUGUCUUGUGCUAUUCAUUUCCCCCAGUGCACCAGCCUUAUCUCUCAUCCCCAGGUAAUGGGAGCCCCACCUCCAUCUUGCUGUGACCUUGCCUUCUUAUUCGGCUCUAAAGCAGAACCAGAAUUGACAUUCUGUGACAGUGGUGACAUAUUCUUAGGGUCAGUUCUCUGCUCAGUUCUCCACUCCUCAGGGCAAAUGAAAUGCAUGGUCGGCGCAUGAUUUUUAUGAAAACUGCCCACUGGCAUAGGAAUCACAAAGCAAUCUGCUCUGCUGCUGUCAUAGUUUCCGAACUUGUAUCUAUAACAUGGUGGUUCCAACAUCCACUUCCGACUAUCAGGCUCUGCUUGAUACCCCUUACAUCAUAAUGACAAAUGAAACUGUUUUUAAUGAUUAAAAAAAAAAAAAAGUUGUCUGCAUCCACCCAGGAACGUCCAAAGAUAGAUAUUAUUUUUGCACCAUUGCAUGUGUCAAAGGUUUAAUGUACAGAUACAAUUUAUUCACAUUUUUUUUACCUGCUGUGUUUUAUUUGUGUGGGCUCUUAAGUUGGGCAGUCCUAGCUUACAAGGGUCAAUGGCAGCUGUUGAAUCAUUGACUGCCCUGUUAGCCACUACCUCUUCUGUUUUUUGUUUUUUUAAUUCAAGAGGUACACAGCAGGGCAUUAGGGACCAAAUGUAUUUGCCAUUAUUAUUGGUUUGUGUGUUCUUUGAUAAAAAAACCUGUUCUACUUUUUGUUUCACUGUAGUAAGAGUAUUUUUUUGCCGGGGGGGGGGGAAUUUGCAUUGAGAUCAUGUGUGGAUAAGAAGGCCACAGGCAGUCAUUAGUUUCUCACUGCCUGUGGAUGUUUAUAAAAAGAGACUUGAGAAAAAACAAAUAGGCUCUAAACCUCAGUGCCAUUUGUGCCUUGACAAUCUUACCACAAUCUCAGCAAAAAUCUUAGUAGUGUGAAUUAAUGUUGCAAGAAAUGUGGCAGUUAAUCACACCUAAUAGUUCUAAUAUGUCACGCCCCAAACUGCAAAGACAGAAAAUUUAAGAGUUCAUUUUACUUAGUGGGGGGCACUCUGUAUAGGCCCUGUUCUGACAUAGCAAUCUGAGACCAUUACACCAUGGUUUAUCAGCCAAUGAAAAGCCUGUGCCCGUGUGGUUGCUCUUUGAAUCUUCGCUCCCCUCAUGGUCCUGGCUUUGUAGCUUAAGAUCACGGCUUCUUUGAACCACAGUUUCCUAUUACAUCUGGUCUCGGAAUUGCUGAUUUAAUCUCUGCUUGUCAUGGUUAUCAAAUCACAGUUUCCUGGUGCAGAUGUAUCUGGAAACUAUGGUUUAGAUCAGCCAAGCAUGAAGAGAAGGAUAGGGAGGGAGUGUUCAUUCUCAGACUGUUGAGCCAUGGUUUGUGGGACCAAGAUUGCUAGUUGAAGCUUGCCCAUAGAAGUCAACAAUUCAGCCACUAAGACUGUUACUCUAGGGCAAGGUUAUAGGACAUGAUUAUAUGCUCAGUUACUGAAACCCAGUGUCUUGUGUUCAUGAAGUUCCCUGAAUCUAUGGAGCUGGAUUCCUUGACAGUAAAACAGAUGUAGCUAUGUAUUGGGGCAUUGUGACUGGACUCCCUCACACACUAACAGAUUCCUUUGUGGAGGGCUCCACCUCCAUUUAGGAUGCAGGCAUAAGCAGCCAACAUAGGAACAUGGUCCUCUGUGAAAUGGCUGCAAGUGAUACUUUCUUAUAUGAUAUUGGAAAUGGUCCUGUCAAUGCCCAAAGAAAAGACUAUGGCUUGACAAAAUCUUAACAGAGGUUACUGUUCCAGAACCUACCUCAGCAAGCAUGUUGAGGAGCGGAAGGAGGAGUUUCGUACCUCAUGAAGCAAAAUGGGAUGAAGGGUAUUCUCACCUCCUGUCUGCAUUUACUAUGCAUUUCCAUGUAUGUGUACUCAGAAGUGAGUCCUGCUGUUCCCAGAGGUAGGAUUGCACAAGACUGUUGCCUUCCUUUGGAUAGGGGUUGGGGAGUAACCAUCAUUCUUAAAGGGACUGGGUUUCAUUUGGUCUUCCUGGUUUUUUUAUAUGAGCAUUGCUAAAUUUUAUUUUGCUUGACCAAAAAUACAAAGGCCUGAUGUGAAGAAUUCUAAUAGUCUUAGUAUAACAGAUGAGGAAAAUUGCCAACAUUUUGCUUUUAUGGAAGGGAUUCCAGAUAUAGCUUCAGGUUUUUGACUACAAGGGCACCUUAAGCAAGGAAACGAGGGGCUGAGCAAUCCUCUACGAAGGCAGCUCAUAUUGUGUUUAUUUUCAAAGUGCAGUUUUUGGAACUGAUGUUGUAAUGUUAUAUUCUGAUAUAUUGGUUUAAUACUUUAUUUAAAAAAAUAUGUUUUGUGUAUUUUGAUUAAACUGACUCUUUUAAUUCUG